ACUUAGCUCCGAAACCACCGAAAACAUUACUGCGCAAACCGAACGGGAGAUGUUUGGGUUUCACACCAAAACAAGCCAAUUUCUCUUUUCGCUUAGCUUUUGGCGGAUUAAGGUGAGGGUGAAAGAAAUGAACUGGACAACGGCAGAGCGGGCGGGUCUGAGGCGCGGCAGAGACCAGGACAAAAUGGCCAAAAUGGAGGUCAAGACAUCGCUUUUAGACGACAUGAUUGGGGUGGGAGAUAUGGUUCUUUUAGAGCCACUUGAUGAAGAUUCCUUCAUCAAUAACCUGAAGAAGCGCUUUGAUCACAAUGAAGUUUAUACAUACAUUGGCAGUGUGGUGAUAUCAAUAAACCCCUACAGAUCUCUCCCCAUUUAUACUCCAGAGAAAGUGGAAGAAUACAGAAACCGAAACUUUUAUGAACUCAGUCCUCACAUCUUUGCUCUGUCUGAUGAAGCCUACAGGUCUUUAAGGGACCAGGACAAAGACCAAUGCAUCCUUAUCACAGGAGAGAGUGGAGCUGGGAAAACAGAGGCAAGCAAACUUGUCAUGUCAUAUGUAGCUGCUGUGUGUGGAAAAGGGGCAGAGGUUAAUCAAGUAAAAGAACAACUUUUGCAGUCAAAUCCAGUCCUUGAAGCUUUUGGAAAUGCCAAAACUAUGCGGAAUGACAACUCCUCUAGAUUUGGAAAAUACAUGGAUAUUGAGUUUGAUUUCAAGGGUGACCCACUUGGGGGAGUUAUAAGCAACUAUCUGCUAGAGAAGUCUCGUGUGGUGAAGCAGCCAAGGGGUGAAAGAAACUUCCACAUUUUCUACCAGAUCCUGUCUGGUGCAUCAGAAGAGUUUCUCUGCAAGCUCAAGCUGGAGAGGGACUUCAGCAGAUACAACUACCUGGGCCUUGAUUCUGCCAGAGUGAAUGGGGUGGACGAUGCUGCAAACUUCAGAACAGUCAGGAAUGCAAUGCAGAUUGUUGGGUUUAUGGAUCAUGAAACACAGUCAGUGUUUGAAGUGGUGGCAGCCGUUCUGAAAUUGGGAAAUAUCGAAUUUAAGCCUGAAUCUCGUGCAAAUGGGCUAGAUGAAAGUAAAAUCAAAGAUAAAAAUGAACUGAAGGAAAUCUGUGAGCUGACAGGUAUAGACCAGUCUGUAUUGGAGAGAGCUUUCAGCUUCCGGACUGUUGAGGCCAAACAGGAGAAAGUUUCAACAACACUAAACGUGGCUCAGGCUUAUUAUGCCCGGGAUGCUCUGGCGAAGAAUUUGUACAGUCGCCUGUUCUCCUGGCUUGUUACCAGGAUCAAUGAGAGCAUUAAGGCACAAACAAAAGUGAGAAAGAAGGUAAUGGGGGUGCUGGACAUUUAUGGCUUUGAAAUUUUUGAGGACAACAGCUUUGAGCAAUUCAUUAUCAACUACUGUAAUGAGAAGUUGCAGCAGAUCUUCAUUGAACUUACCCUCAAAGAGGAGCAGGAGGAAUACAUCCGAGAGGGGAUUGAAUGGACUCAUAUCGAAUAUUUCAACAAUGCUAUCAUUUGUGACCUAAUAGAAAAUAACCAAACUGGAAUCCUGGCCAUGCUGGAUGAAGAGUGCCUGAGACCAGGAACAGUUACGGAUGACACCUUUUUGGAAAAGCUGAACCAGGUCUGUGCCACUCACCAGCACUUCGAGAGCAGGAUGAGCAAGUGCUCCCGGUUCCUCAACGACACCUCCCUGCCCCACAGCUGCUUCAGGAUCCAGCACUAUGCUGGCAAGGUGAUGUACCAGGUGGAAGGAUUUGUUGACAAAAAUAAUGAUCUCCUGUACCGUGACCUCUCCCAGGCCAUGUGGAAGGCCAACCACUCCCUUAUCAAAGCAUUGUUCCCAGAAGGAAACCCCGCUAAGAUCAACCUGAAGAGACCACCCACAGCAGGUUCACAGUUCAAGGCUUCAGUUGCUACCCUGAUGAAAAAUCUCCAGACAAAAAAUCCAAACUACAUCAGGUGCAUCAAGCCCAAUGACAAGAAGGCUGCCCACAUUUUCAACGAGGCGCUGGUGUGCCACCAGAUCCGCUACCUGGGGCUGCUGGAGAACGUGCGGGUGCGCAGGGCGGGCUACGCCUUCCGGCAGCCCUACGAGCCCUGCCUGGAGAGGUACAAGAUGCUCUGCAAGCAGACCUGGCCCCACUGGAGAGGGCCAGCCAGGGCUGGAGUAGAGGUGCUGUUUAAUGAAUUGGGAAUCCCUGAAGAGGAAUUUUCAUUUGGUAGAUCAAAGAUAUUCAUCCGCAACCCAAGAACACUCUUCAAGCUCGAAGACCUGAGAAAGCAGCGUCUGGAGGACUUGGCCACUCUGAUUGGGAAGAUUUACAGAGGUUGGAAGUGCAGGACUCACUUCUUGCUAAUGAAAAAAUGCCAGGUUGUGAUCGCGUCCUGGUACAGGAGAUACUCACAACAAAAGAAAUACCAGAAGAUAAAGAGUUCAACUAUCACAGUACAGUCGUACAUCAGAGGGUGGAAGGCUCGGAAACAACUUCGGGAGCUGAAGCAUCUGAAGCGUUGUAAUGAGGCUGCCACAGUAAUUGCUGCUUACUGGCAUGGUACCCAGGCUCGGAGGGAGCUGAAGCGCUUGAAGGAGGAGGCUAGGCGUAAGCAUGCUGUGGCAGUCAUUUGGGCUUACUGGCUUGGACUGAAGGUCCGUAGAGAAUACAGGAAAUUCUUCAGAGCCAAUGCUGGAAGAAAAAUUUAUGAAUUUACCCUUCAGAGAAUUAUGCAAAAAUACUUCUUGGAAAUGAAGAAUAAGAUGCCUUCUUUAUCACCAAUAGAUAAAAACUGGCCUGCGAGGCCUUACCUUUUCUUGGAAUCAACUCACAAGGAGCUAAAGAGGAUUUUCCAUUUGUGGAGGUGUAAAAAGUACAGAGAUCAGUUCACAGAUCAGCAAAAGCUUAUAUAUGAAGAAAAACUGGAAGCAAGUGAACUUUUCAAGGACAAGAAGGCUUUAUAUCCAGCCAGUGUGGGGCAGCCGUUCCAAGGGGCUUACCUGGAGAUCAGCGAGAACCCCAAGUACAAAAAGCUCAAAGAUGCCGUGGAUGAAAAGAUCAUUAUUGCAGAAGUUGUCAAUAAGAUCAAUAGAGCCAAUGGGAAGGCUGCAUCCAGGAUUUUCUUAUUAACCAAAAACAACGUUCUGCUCGCGGAUCAAAAAUCUGGGACUAUCAAGUCAGAGGUUCCACUGGGAGAUGUUACCAAAGUGUCCAUGAGCUCCCAAAAUGAUGGAUUCUUUGCAGUGCACCUCAAGGAGGGUUCAGAAGCUGCCAGCAAAGGAGAUUUCCUGCUCAGCAGCGAUCACCUUAUUGAAAUGGCCACUAAACUUUACCGCACUACCCUCAGCCAAACCAAACAGAAGCUCAACAUUGAGAUAUCUGAUGAGUUCCUGGUCCAGUUCAAACAAGACAAAGUGUGUGUGAAGUUCAUACAAGGCAGCCAGAAGAAUGGCAACAUCCCAACUUGCAAGCGAAAAAACAAUCGGCUUCUCGAAGUGGCUGUCCCUUAACUGCAGCUGGUGACUCUGCCUUUCAUGGACUUGUUUCUUUGUAAUAGUGCAAUUUUAGUGGUUUGGUUUUGCUAUUUUUAUCCUUUUCUGGAGCUGUUGAUGGCUAAUAGCUUUAGAAACCCUUGGCAAAACAUUGGAUCGAUCGACUUUGAAAUCUUUUUGUUCAUGCCAGAGUUUUAACCCUCAAAACGCAGAUUUUUAUCCAGUGAGGCAUUUUUACCAGCUGGCACAUAUCUGUCAUACAACCAAUCAUUCUCUUUGUUUAGCAGCCAUAUUUUAGUGCAGCAUAUCAUAAACCCACAUAUUAAUGGUAACUUACUCGUAUUCCUUAGACUAGAGAUGUGCUUAACAGGAAUUAUACAUGGCCUGGAUGCUGGGUGGCCAUUUGUGCCCGGUGUCCUUUUAUCCCAAGUUGUCCAGGUGUCUGUCAGGCUCCUCAUGUCCUGCCCCUGUGCAGACCAGCAGAGCAGAGGCUGAUAAAACAACUUCUGCACAUCACACCAGGACCUGUGUAACUCAACCUUCUGGUCAGUACAGCACACAGACAUCUAAUUCUGCAAAAUAGAAGGAAUAGAUGAUUGCACAAGCAGCUACAUGCAUAAUUUUAUAGUUAAACAUGCAGAGAUUUUGAAUCAGCAUUUUUAAUUAGGUCAGACGUUUUUAAUGACUUUAUAAAGUAGAGAUCAGCAGAAUUAAAGAAGCUUUUUCUUUUUUUCACUAAAGCUAUAAAGUUCAAGGCAUAUUUUCUGUUCUGCUAUUCUUCUUUUAAAUUAUGAGUUAGGAUUAGAGCCUGAAGAAUGCAAUAGUAUUCAUAACACAAGUAAAUGCUAGUUAUUUAAACAGUUAGUUAUCAAGUGAAAGGUUUGAGCCUUUCUUUUAAAUAUUGGCAUGUACAAUGUGCAAUAAAACAUACGUGACAUUUUGUGAGAUUAUUUAUAAUACACUUUUGUGUGGAAGAGAGCGGAUUGGUGCAGACUGCAUAGACAAUGUAGGGGUUAAAAUAGAUCUGUGUUGUUAAUUUGCAGUUUAUAGAGUGUACACUACAGUUGUCAAUUUGGGAAGAAUACUUAGAAUUAAAAAAAGAAAAAAAUCCUUAAUUUGGGGGUCUGUAUAUAAAUUGGUAUUAUGGUAAUAAAACUGUUCUAAUUCUGUGCUGUUUGGUACUCCUAUGUUAUAACCAUAUUUUUGUACUCCAAACUAUUUUAUAUAACUCGUGUGCCUGAUGUAAAUGCGUGCACAGAAAAUACAAUCAAGGGCCGCAUUAUAAACCUUCAGUGUAACUGAUUGCACUUAAUCUUUUAUAAGCCAGAAGCAUUAGCUGAAAUCCUUGAGAGGAGAGAUGCUUUUCCAGAGGGAAGGAACUGCUCACGUGAAGGGUUUGUGGGAUGUGACUCUGUGAUCUGUGGAGAAAGCGCCUUGUAUUUUUGCAGUCUGAUAUGCGACAGAUUAAGGCCCUGGCUAUCUGAUGUGCAGUGCUGGAAGUCCAAGCAUAAAUAAAAGAAAGAGAAAGAAAAGUUCAGAGUCUCCUUCCUCUCCCGGUGGGGAUGUGAUGUGGCACUCAUGAUGGUGAUGUGAUGAAGGCUCCUCUGGAUAGUUCAAGGUUAAAACAGUGUUUACUGCAAUAAGUGUUCAAGUGCUAAUGGUCAUUAGUCUGAAAAAUACAACUGGUUUGGGUUACACCACCCUCUGCUUUGGGAUUAAAUGGUUUUCCUAUGAUUUGGGUACAAAGCAGUUGUUUUAACAGGAUACUUCAAUGUUGCUGUUAAAAGUCCAUCCAUGUGACCUUGAAAGGUGCGAAUAAUCAAAAUAUGUAUUUCCUAAACUGAGAAAAAGCUGCCUCUUCCCUCUUCUAGUAAAUGAGUCAGGUUAAUAGUUUAAUAAAAUUUAAAUAAUUUUACAUGUAUUGCAAUUACAGAUGCUUGCAAAGGAGAUUUUAGAAUUGAUUUGUGAUGCAAAAUUAUGGUACUUAAAAGGAAUUAUUCCAUUGCCUUAAGAAGACAGCACAUAAUGAUGACAAUGUGGCAUUUAAAACUCCUAAAUCCUGUAUUAGAAUUUCUGCUUGGGGAAGAUUGGAGAUUUGGUUAAACUGUUCACUCUCUUGGAAACCUUACAGUAAGAACCACAUGAAGAAAAUUAUAAAAAUUAAUAAAAAAAAUUAAGGAAAACAAACAUUUGAAAUCUGAUGUAAUUCUGUAGUUUCUUGCAGGUAAGAAAUGGGAGAGUGUGGAUUAAGAACAUCUGGAUGUGUGGCCCAUGAAACUAGGUUAUUACAGGAUAAUAUUAGGGUUUUUGUCCCAUCCCAGCCAGGUCCAGUACACAUCCCUUCUAUUUUAUUGACCUUUGCAGCAAGUCAUAAUAGCCAUACCUGCAAAAGACUGGAAGAGGGACAAACUCCUCACCUUGGUUUCUCUUGUUUCCUUUCUUUUUCUGGACUCCAACAAUUCCUACCUUGCACAUUAGCUGGUACUUGGUGACAAUUAUCUUUUGACUCUCGAAUACUUCUCAAUGUACAGAGCAAGUUUUGCUGAACAUGAAUUAUUAGAUAUUGCUCAGAGAGCCAUGGUAUCUUGCUGUUUAGAUUUAAGUAUCUUGGAUGUUGAAAAUAAAAAUGCAAGGUCACUUUACUACCUAGCUUUUCUUUUUUGUCCCUUUCUUCUGUUUUCUUUUAUCACUGUCUGCCAAAUGGAGUUGUAAAGAGAAGAAUAUUCCUCCUAUGGUGCUAACCUUACUUUUGCAUCCUUUUACUUUGUAACUGCUAUUCUUUCAUCUCAAAGCUGGGCAAAGAUCAUUAAGAAAAAAAAUUGAUGCAUGAUGAUUUCUAGAAUCAAAUAAAAUUCUGUACUUAGA